ACUCUUCCCACAGCACGUUAUUUUCUAGGAAUCUAUCUUGCUAUAAGCGCCUUUCCUAUUCUAUAAUCUUUGACCUUCAAAACGUAGACUAGUUUGUCCAACCUUUGUUACUGUCUUCCAGUUGGCGAUUGCUUUUCUUCCGACAUACUGCAGCUGCGUUAAGGACUGUUUAGGGAUUACUGAAUUCAGUUGCUGUUUCACUCCUCAUAACAAAAGAAACGACAUUCAAGCAUUUUCUCACUUCGAGAUUUCUAGAUGCCUUGUGAGACUGAGGCUGUUUUCUUGCAGCUGCGUUGUGAAAUCAAAUGUUUAUAGUUCCUUGAUGUGUUUAUAGAGUGAAAUGAAAGUUAAAAUUCUUUGGAUAUUUGUGGAUAAAUGAGAAUCGAAAUGCGGUUCUGCAAUGGUUGUGCAAAUUUCCUAAGUUCGAAUCUUCCCAAUGAGGAUUUAUAUAACAAAAUAUCAGAGAAUAUUAGUGUGGAAACAUCGAAAAUUGUUUUAGUCUGGCAACCAUUUGUAAAAGACAGGCCUGAUCGUAUAGCAAAUCAUUUCGCGGAAUUUGGUGCAGUGAAGAAUGUUAUAGAAUGGUGGACUGAAGAUGAGAAUUCAUGUGAAAUAGCUCUUUUUCUCGUCAUUUACCUCCAUAGUGAAUCUGCCAGUCGAGCCGAGCACGGAUUGCCUUUGGUGGCUUCAAAUGUGCGAAUUAUGACAUUGAUACACUUGCUGUCAGCAGCGACUGAAAUCGAAUCUUCUUGCAAAGAUGUGAGUGAUGUUGUUCUACAAGUAGAAAACUUUCCAAAGUCUGAAAAGGAGAAAGAACUGCUGUUUCUAUUCAACAGAUAUGUACCUGCAUCUGAUGUGCAACGAUUUGACCAGGACGCAACCAAAGUCCGGUAUGAUGUGACUUACAAAUACUUCACUCACGCUUUGGUAGCAGAAAUGAGCAUUCAAG